ACAUUGAACUCGAAGAGGUACUACGGAUCUAUCGAUUGUGGAACUAGCGACGCAAGGGCGAUACGAAUUCACCCGUCCAUUCUUCUUCGUUAUAGUAAGAGUUUGCGAUAACGCAAAUAGAUAUUCUUCCGUGAAAGCGAUCGAUUCGUUGCAUUUUCGAGCUCGAUCCCAUCCCUCCUCUUUCUAUUUCUUCGAUCCCUCUGUUGGAUUCCUUCCCAUCUCCAAGAAAAUUCUCUUCUUCUCUUCUCUGUUUUAAACCCCUAAUCUAGGGAUUCGGCGGUUGGUCCGGUCCUCUCCUUCCAAAUCGCUUUUUUUCCGGCCUGGAAUUUUGGUUCUUGUGGGACCGUUCGAUGUCUUUCCACCACCCGCUGCCGGGCUCGGCGUCGAGCUCCAGCUCCGGGCCCCACCACCUGAGUUCCCCUUUUGGGGACACAGACGUAUAGGAAGGUCUUCGUGAGGGGCCUCGCGUGGGAGACGAAGAACGAGACGCUGCGCCGCCACUUCGAGCAGUUCGGCGAGAUCCUCGAGGCCGUCGUGAUCGCCGACAAGAAGGCCGGGAGGUGGAAGGGUUAUCGUUUCGUAACUUUUCGAGAUCCGGAAUCUGCAAGAAGAGCAUGUGCAGACCAAAGCCCAGUAAUCGAUGGCAGACGGGCAAAUUGUAACUUGGCUUCACUUGGGCGGCUUGGCACUUUUCCAACAUUUGGUGGUAAAUCUACUCCAUUUGGAAGAGGUCCUUGACCUGUCCAAUCAAGCGGCUUAUGGAAGAUAUUACUGUAUUCAAUACUCUUGAGGGUGCAAUUCUCGAGUUCAUUAAUAUACAUGUUGCUUUCGCACAGCGCGCCCAAGGUGAGACCUCUACGUUGGAGCUGUCUCACUUCCACGCGGUUCAUAUGUUGGAAGCGCUGCUCCUCAACAAUCAGUUCCAUUCAGCUACCGUGAAGGGUUACCAUAUCUGCCAUAUAGCAGGACAAAGAACCACAGUGUUUCCAUAUUUUUGGCACGCAUUCUUGCCCUGAAAGUUAUCAUCUACACAUUCUAGUGCUUGUUCUGGUUGUGGUCUAUAAAUUCUGUUUCUCCCAUGGAGUGAGCUGAAAGCACAAGAGCUUGGAUUACUCUUUGUCGCAGUGUGGUCUAUAAAUUCUGUUGCCCUGCUGGAAUCUGCAGUUGCUUGUGGAACAAGAACAGAUGGUAAUCCCAAAUCAUGUCCAACAAUCUGUAGGAUAGAUUAUGGAUGUCAGCAUUGGAGUCCGACAACCCAAGUUGGGAAACUUAGUUGCAAGAUGGGAUUCAAAUGAGAUGGAUAUAUUCUGGCAUUCCUAUGGAAAGUUCAUCGUCAAUACAACAGUGGAUAUGCAGAUUCACCACAUCAGUUUCCGACAGAGUCCAAAAGGUGGAUCUAAUGAUAUCAAACAGUAUGCAGAGGCAUGGAGACCUAUCUAUGUUCAGACUCAUUUCUAAUCUGCAAACAUCAUAUCUUAAGUAAAAGCAAGCAUUUCAAGAUCAGAGGUUUAUGAUCAUCUGCACGAGAGAAUUAUCACAUGAUCGUACAUUCUUUGCCAAACCCCAAACCCUUGCGAGUGGGCAUGUUGAGUUUAGCAUAUUCAAAACAAAAGGAGCUCAAUUACUAUACACCUGGUAUGAGUUGUCUGCAGAGGCACACUAGCAUCUCAAUUACUAUUCCCCUGGUAUGAGUUGUCUCAACAACUUUUCAAGCUCAUUCUUAUCCAAAGAUUUUAAAUGGAUGUAUCGCCACAAUGCAACAAAGAUGAUCAAUCAUCCAUGUUGAAGAAAAGGAAAAAUAAAAUCAUACUUUGGAGUUGGAAAAUUUGUGGCCAUUGCUCUGUAAGAUCCUCUCAUAUCAAGCAGGCUGCAAUUCAUAGAUAACAUGUACUCUGCAGUGGGUGGCAAGAAUGAAUUACUUGUUGGCUGAACUAUCUAUUUCAGCAAACUAAACAACACCUGUUGAAAGCCAGAAGUCAAUGUCCAGAAAAAAUACCACAUCUGUGAGAAAAAGGAGUAAAAUGGUUGGUUCAAAGGAGGGAAUGGCGACGGCGGGAGGCUGACAAGCCUUCUGCUGCCAUCUAAGGUUCUGUUGCUCAUGUUGUUGAAUUCUCAUUUGGUAGGAUCAACUGAAAUAAGGGAAUUUGACUCUGAUAUCCACCAGGCCAACCUUUAUGCAAGUUCAAGGAGUGUUGUCCCCAGGCAAUCUCCCAAGCCUCCAGGAGUGGCAGCAGAGAAAAGUUCCAUAUCAAGCUUUGUAGGGUGAUCAUGGAUGCCAAAAGAUUAAUAAUCUUCAUAUUAUGAAUAUUUUAAGAGGGGUAUAGAUACAAACCAAAUUUGUCAUGGAUAUGGGUUGAGAUGGAUUCUAGAUAUGUAUAGAAGUAAUUGUUAUUUGGAUUUAAGAUAAUACGAAACUGAUUAGAAGCUAUGAAGCACAAUGUUUAGGUAAGAUAAAUCAGACAAUACAUCUAUGUUCUUCUCAAUUGUGUUUAUUGCACAGGCAAGAACAUUUCACAUCAGACAUGGACUAUUUAGGUUUCCAUAACAGUUGAUAAGAAAGGUCCAGGUGCAUCCUCUCCUCUGAAAACGUCUUGUGAGCUACACAUUUGGCUCCUCUAAUCAUUUGCUGGCGCUGACCAUUCUUCAUCUAUUGCACUGACUCGUAGCUGAUCCAUCCAAGAAAGAAGAACCACCGAUGAGGUUGGCAGCCAUCGGCUGAAGACAAGUUCUACUCGACUGCAGGUAACUAAGCUUAAAUUUCUCUGCCUUCUUGUUCCAGGAACAAACCGGAGAAGAAAAAGCCAAGUUAUCAAUCUUCGGCAGCGAAGACGACGGCCCUUCUCCCAUUGGUUGAACCGUGGAUCCGAUCACGUCAGAUGCCCCGCGCAGCGACGUCUUGGUGGGACGCAUUCGAACACCCCACACGUGCGCUACUCGGAUAUUGGAGAUCUUCGGCAUCUACCUCGGAAUCUUGGUUUCGAGUCCUCGCUUCGUGUUCGAUCAUGUCAACGGUGGGCUGUCAUAACUGCUUCUCUUCUGCUGCUGUCGUGCCACUCUGACCGAUCCUGAAGCUGGUGUCGUGUUCUUGGGAUCGAGCAAGAUGGCCUUGAAGGUGCUCACCGCGCUGGAUCACGCGAGGACGCAGUACUACCACUUCAAGGCCAUCAUUAUCGCCGGCAUGGGGCUGUUCACCGAUUCCUACGACCUCUUCUGCAUCGCCCCCGUGAUGAAGCUGAUCGGCCGGAUCUACUACGGCGACGCGCGGGCAGACAAGCCCGGCGUGACGCCGCCGGCGGUGGUCUCUGCGAUGGUCGCGGUGGCGCUGGCGGGCACCGUCAUCGGUCAGCUCGUCUUCGGCUUCCUCGGCGACCGCAUCGGCCGGCGGCGCAUGUACGGCCUUUCGCUGCUCCUGAUGGUGGCCAGCUCCUUUGCCAGCGGAUUCUCCAUCUGCCGCACCCGCGGCUGCGUGCUGACCAGCCUCUGCCUCUUCCGCUUCCUGCUGGGCAUCGGCAUCGGGGGCGACUACCCACUGUCGGCCACCAUCAUGUCGGAGUUCGCCAACAAGCGGACGAGGGGGUCGUUCAUCGCCGCCGUGUUCUCGAUGCAGGGGUUCGGGAUCCUCGCGAGCUCUGCGGUGACCAUGGCGAUAACGGCGGCGUUCAACAGGGCGACGGAGAGGGGCGACGCCGGGCCGCUGCAGACGCCGGAGUCGGCCGACUUGGCGUGGCGGAUCAUACUGAUGGUGGGCGCCAUUCCGGCGGGGUUGACGUUCUACUGGAGGAUAGCGAUGCCAGAGACGGCCAGAUUCACAGCACUGGUAGAACAGGACGUGAUGAAGGCGACCGCCGACAUGGGGAAGGUGUUGGGGGGCUUGGACGUGCACAACUUCGCGGAAGACGCCGAAGCCCUGCGCAGGUCACCCCAGCCUCGUCCUCCCUCCUACGGCCUCCUCUCGCGGCAGUUCCUGCGCCGGCACGGCUGGAACCUCUUCGCGUGCGCCAUGGCGUGGUUCCUCGUCGACAUCCCCUACUACAGCAGCACCCUCUUCCAGUCCCAGAUCUACCAGCCCUUCUUCCCCCGCCCCGAACACGUGAACGCCUACCAGGACGCCUACAACGUGGCCAAGUUCCAGGCCAUCAUCGCCGCGGCCUCCACCAUCCCCGGCUACUUCGCCACCGUCUACUUCAUCGAACGCGUCGGCAGGCGCAGGAUUCAGAUGAUGGGGUUCUUCUUCAUGGGCCUCUUCCUCUUCGCCUUGGCAGGCCCCUACGACAAUUACUGGAACCACCACACCAACGCCGGCUACAUCGUCCUCUACGCCCUGACCUUCUUCUUCUCAAACUUCGGACCCAACACCACGACCUUCAUCGUGCCCGCCGAGCUGUUCCCGGCGCGGUUCCGCUCCACGUGCCACGGCAUCUCCGGGGCCGCCGGCAAGGUGGGCGCCAUCAUCGGAGCAAUCGGAUUCCUCUGGGCCUCUCAGGCGAGGAACAAAGAGGACGUGGCCAGCGGGUGGAAGCCGGGAAUUGGAAUGAUGAACGCCUUAAUAAUCUUGGCUGGUGUUUGCAUGAUAGGAGCAGUACACACCUAUCUCUUCACGCCGGAAACGAAGAUGAGGUCUUUGGAGGAGAACGAGGGAGGGGGAAGCCAAGAUGGAGACAGCCAUGAGGACGUCGAUGGAGAGGAGAACAAGUACAGUACACCAAGUCCUCUCAGUGUUCAACCUCUAGUCGGGCAAUCUCCAUUGCAGUCUCCUGGAUAGUUACUGUGUAUCCGAUUAAGAAUGUCAUUUCCACACAUCGAGAUCAAAGAAUUGGGUCAUUGAUAGGAUCUGUGGCAUAGGAGACAGUUUUAUGUUCCUUUUUAUAUUGAAGACAACACUAGAGAACCUGUUUACUAAACAACAAUAAAAAUAAACUUAAUGUAUUGCCAUCA